GACAGCUCGGGUGCGCGCGCCCCUUACAUUGUGUGUGUGUGUGUGUGGAGUUUGGUGUUGUUUCUGCGCUCGCGUCCUUCCUCGUGCAGUUCUGCUGAUGUUUGAAUUGAAAGGUCAUUUCUAACGGCUCGCUUCUAACGGCUCGUUGCUGCCGUCACGCAACUCGAGCUGUUCACGGGUCGCUUUUUAUAAGUAAAAUGUUUAUCGGUGGCCUCAGCUGGCAAACCUCACCAGACAGCCUUAGAGACUAUUUCAGUAAAUUUGGGGAGAUCAGAGAAUGUAUGGUGAUGCGCGACCCCACCACCAAACGCUCCAGAGGCUUUGGGUUCAUCACGUUUGCAGAUGUUUCCAGUGUAGAUAAAGUCUUAGCUCAACCACACCACGAAUUAGACUCCAAGACGAUUGAUCCUAAGGUCGCCUUCCCUCGACGCACUCAACCUAAGAUGGUCACAAGAACAAAGAAGAUAUUUGUGGGUGGAUUAUCGGCGAGCACAGUUGUUGAAGAUGUGAAACAGUAUUUUGAACAGUUCGGAAAGGUAGAAGAUGCCAUGCUAAUGUUUGAUAAAACUACAAACAGACAUAGAGGCUUUGGCUUCGUAACGUUCGAAAGUGAAGACAUUGUAGAGAAAGUCUGUGAAAUUCAUUUUCAUGAAAUCAAUAAUAAAAUGGUAGAAUGUAAGAAAGCCCAGCCGAAGGAAGUGAUGUUUCCCCCAGGCACGAGGGGCAGGGCGAGAAGUCUUCCCUACACCAUGGACGCCUUCAUGCUGGGCAUGGGCAUGCUGAGUUAUCCAAACAUCGUGGCAACGUAUGGCCGUGGAUACACAGGAUUUUCUCCAAGCUACAGUUAUCAGUUUCCAGGUUUUCCAGCGACGGCAUACGGGCCGGUGGCGGCGGCGGCUGUGGCGGCAGCGCGAGGCUCAGGUAGGGAGACCCGGGAAAGAUACGGCUACAUGGCGUACCCACAGAACGCAGGGCCAGGGUUCCCUGAUUACGGCUUUUAUUCUGGGCCCGGUGACCAGCGCGGGGCUCCCUGCUCGUUUGCCGACUAUGCCACCCUGGCACCCCAUGCGGGUCAGAUGCUGCAAAGUGAACACGUCACCUCCACCUGCAACUCUCCCUCUCAGCACCACCCAAGCCCGGACCACUUUAAGAGCUCAGGUGUGUAUGGUGCUAAUCCUCCUCGGCCUGGAGGUUUCCCCGGUGCCAACAGUCCGGGACCCGUGGCGGACCUGUACGGCCCCAGCAGUCAGGACUCAGCUGUGGGAAAUUACAUCAGUGCUGCCAGCCCUCAACCGGGCUCCGGGUUCAAUCACAGUAUUGCGGGCCCUUUGAUUGCAACUGCAUUUACAAAUGGAUACCACUGAAAGCUAACCAGAGGUGCGGCACCACCUCAUUUGAGAGAUCAUCUGCAGGCUCUUGGACAAUGGCCGAAGCCUCUGACUGGUUUGUGUACAGUUGAUGUCAUAAGACUUCAAGCACUACAGGUUCUGAUUGGUGAAAGGAUGAGGGGGUGGAACCAAAUAAAACGGAGAAGAAAACAUCUCAGAACGCAUCACAACUGCUGUAACCAUAACUCCGCCCCCUACCAUCACUGCAGGACUCCUCCCCAUUUCUCAUGGUUUUUAUUCUGUCUGCUUUUUAAAAUUACUUUGGCUUUUAGCAGAGAAAUGUACUUAGAUGAGUAAAGAUAUUGCAAUUAUGUUAUAAAACUCAUUCACUUUUUGGCUUGUUUUCUCUGUCACCGAUUGAUGUAAGAAUCAGAUUAUUCGCUAACAAACACGCGCACACAUGAUCCGACCCCACGGCGUUCAACAUCUUCAAAAAGAAAACGACUAAAUCUUAGUAGCUGUUUUUAAUUCUUGUGAAGUCUCAUUGUUGAUCAUAAUGACCUAUUUUUGGGCAAUACAGAGGGAGAGGACUCCAAUAUUUUUAUGGUCCUUUUUAUAUAUACAUAUAUAAAUAUAUCUAUCUAUCUGUGUUGUUGUUGUCAUUUAGAAAAAAAAGAAAAGAGUAUACUGUAACUUUUUUUUUUUUCAAAUGAAAAACAUUGUGGUUUCAAAUAUAAGAGAAAGAAAUGUAAAUACACUUCACGUCAUACAGUACAGCAUAUUUUUCUGACAUAUACUUCAGGGUGCAAGAAAAAGAUGAUUUCUCAUUUUACAGGUGUAUACCAGCAUAUUCCCAUACACAACGAGCUUCAGAUUAUACAAACUCAAUCGGUUAUCAUUUGCCGUGGAGUUUCCAAACUCCCAUCCAAAGCACACCGUGUGUCGUGAUCAACAAAAGGACUUGACAUUUUUCUGUGUUCUGCACAUUCUGACACUUUUAUACUCCUGAGAAGAAAAAAAAAACUUAUGAUGUUGUCUGUUGUUGUUAAUGUUGUCUAACAGAGGAAAUUCCUCUUGAUUUUGGAACCUAUUGUGGACUUUGUGAACAAAAGCGGUCUAUUGCUUUUUUGGCUGAAGAAAGCGAGCAUUUUUAUGAACCAUACCUCAGACCUGUGAGAUAUAAUUUAUUCGGCGAGCGAGCAAAAGGUGUACAGAGAAAGCUUUGCACUGUGUACUACUAAAGAACAACGCUUUUCUCUUUGCACACGCUAGCUGUCACGAGUGACCUUACGGAAAUUUGACGUAUGAAAAAUCAGCUUUUACUUUUCUGCCGCUGGCAUCCGGGAUGCAGGGCGAGAAAAAGCCAAACUAUUAGCGCUCAGAUUUCAUUUAGAGGACAUAGCCAACGUUUUAUCCGAAAUAUUGACGUAUUUUAAUAUACAGCCAACAAAAAUGUUGAUCUGAGGAGACCUGAGCUGCUGUUUUGAUUUCUUUUACGUUGUUUAAGUGCUGGUUUAGGCGUAUAUAAAAUGCAGAUUUUUAUUGUUAAUGAUCUCAUAUGUAUAUUCUGAUGUAAAUGUGUCUUUUUUCCUCCUGCAGAUACUGUAAACCGUUUCGUUUCAUGAAUUCUGUUUUAUUUGGUGUAGUCGGGAUGGUCUGAGGCACACAUGCUAAACACUGAAGCCUCUUAAAGAUCAAGUCACGUAAUAAUAUUUAAACAAACGAAAGGAACGGAAUGAGCGACGAAAACUGUUGUAAUGUUCAAAUGUUAAAGAAAAAUGUAAUAUUAAAAAAAGGAAACAAAAGA